GCUCGUCAAAUUCGCACGCGCGAAUCCCUAUCGCGAGAGAGAUAUAUACAACGCAACACCAACAGUUCGUACUGUGCGUAUAUACCUACUGCUGAGUCCGACACGGCAGUAUAGAGAGCGAGUUAGCGAGAGCGCGCGCGCGCACACCCACGCAACAAAUCGUUUGACUCGUCCGUAUUAUAACUUUGCAAUUGUUUAAAUAAUACGGAAGUCGGGCAAGAAUUCGGACGGUAGAGAUUGCGACUUGUUUUGGACUCUUUCUCAUUCUCGCCUCGCAAGUGUCUACGAGUGCUUAUGUACUUUUUGUGGUGUAACGAGCUCGAUCCCGCACCAAGUGUGAAUUCGCAAAAAUACACACAAAGAGAGGCAGCAGCGAGCAAAACGUGUUGUGCACUGCACAAGAACAAGAACGAGAAGAGGUUAGGUGUUGGCGCGGUCAGCCUGUGUCAGCCAGCCAGCUAAUAUAUAAGCGACAGACCCGUGUGUAUAUCGCGUGUGUAUACGUGUGCUGUAUAAUAUUCAGCGAGUGCGCGAAAUUACAUGCCUCGCAACAAAGACAUAUAAAAAAAGGAAAAACAUAAACACACACGAGCAUCGCGGCCGACGAUAAUCAAUGCCGUAUUGAUUUUCGCACGCGCGCGCCCGCGCCUAAUGACCGUAAUUGAUGAUGAGAAAGGACCCCGAGGGCAGCAAAGCCAAGCCCGAGUGAAUGAGCGAGAAAGGCCAAAGUGACAACAGCGACGAGGCCCUAGACGAAGACGACGACGGCGACGAUAACAACGUACGAGUGCAUUAUAAUCAACGGUAGUAGUAGCAAUAGCAAUAGUAGCUGCAGUAGUGAUAACUGCCGUGUGCUUCGUUAUCGAGAAAGCUCCUCCGGCCAGCGACGGAAUUACAUACACGCGAUUGGAGCAAGCAACGACGACGCGUCGCGGCGGCUUAUCGUUUCGUACGAAGCCAGAUAUCGUCAUCGUAUAAAUCGCGAUAGCGCGACUCUGCGCCUAUAUCCAUAAUCGCGACGGCUGGGCAGCUAAAGUAGCGGGAGCGCGCGAAGCUACCGAAAAAGCUGAUAAAUACGAGUCACUCAGUGUCGCGUGUGCCGCGCGAGACGAGCACAGCUACGUGCUGUGUGUGGCGAGUAUAUAUUCAGAGUCUCGUAUCAAAGUGCAAUAAUUAAUCAUCGUGAAGAUGCAGCAGCUCGAGGGAAAAGACGACGAUUUGACCGGGAUCAGCAUGGAUUUCGGACAAGAUAAAAAGAACGGCGAGUACACGCUGGUCAGCCAGCAGCAGCAGCAGCAGAACGCCGUGGCCAAUGGCAAGGCGACGAGCAACGGAAGUAGUGCACUUAUGAACGGCACCCCUAAGAAAACCAAGAAGAGAAAGAAAAGCGCCGGUGGCGAUUCCAAGGACAGCGAUGUGGAGAUGGUGCCGCCCGACGGCGGCUGGGGCUGGUUCGUCCUCAUCGCGGCCGUCAUGGUCAACUUCCUCAUUCCCGGCGGCAUCAAGUCCUUCGGCGUCCUCUACAAGGCCUUCCUGCAGAACUUCAACGCCAACGAGUCGACCGGCUCCUGGAUUCCUGCCUUGUGUUACUUUUUGUACAGUUCCUUGGGACCACUAUCCAGCGUGUUGUCGGUCAAGUACUCGUACCGCACCGUCACCCUGGUCGGCGGCACGUUCGCCGCCGUGGGCAUGAUGCUCAGCUACUUCGCCACCUCGAUCCAGUUCCUCUACGUGAGCUACGGAAUCUUCGUGGGGAUCGGGGCGGGUCUGGCCUUCCCGCCCACGGUCUACAUCACCACGUCGUACUUCGUGCGGCUGCGAGGUCUGGCCAACGGCUUCUGCAUAUCGGGCAGCGCCCUCGGCUCCAUCAUCAUGCCGCCGGUGAUCACCCACAUGCUGCGAACCUUCAGCGUGCGCGGCGUCAUCCUCAUAAUGGGCGCGCUCACCCUCAACACCUGGGCCUGCGCGCUGCUCUAUCAGCCGCUGGAGAAGCAUCUGAUACCGCGGAAAAAGGACAACUCGGGCAAGGAAGAGGAGGAGGCCUUGAGACCGCUGGCCGAGGCCGAGGAAGACGACGAGGAGGAGGAGAAGGAAAAGGGCGAGAAGGAUAACAAGGAUAAGGAUGCCGAAGAUAAGAAGGACAAGGAGACGGCGAAAGGCCCGGAGGUCGACAUCGCCGUGACAUCGCCCGAGCAGGAGGACAAGCCAGCCAUCACCUCGCCCACGAGUCCGAUGAGCAACGCCGAGAACUCGUCGGUGGCCGCGGCGCAGAUGGCCGCCGAGGUCACCCCCGUGCCCAAGUCGGCCUCGAGCGUCGCCCUCGAGAACUACUACAACAAGCAGCCGCCGCCGCACAGUCGGCUGCGCAAGAUCAGCAUGCCCUCGCACAUGGCCGGCCAGAUGCACAGCACGCCGGUGCUCACGUCGCACCAGCAGUACCAGCUGCACCACAUGCACCAGCAGCGACCGACUCGCCGCUCGACCACCAGCCGACCGCCCCUCAUGUCGCCCAGUCAGUCGUCCUUCAACUACAUCAGCACCCCCUAUCACGGGAGCACUUUGACCGCUCUGCAUCCCGAGUUCGCCUCGACCCUCACGCUCAACGCUCUGUCGUCGACCUUCAGACACAAGACGCCCGAGAAGAACGCCAAGAAGGACGCCGUGGACGUCGACGAGCAGAACCAGAACAAGUUCUUCGACUACAGACUGCUCCUGGACCCGAUGUAUCUGGUCAUUCUCAUCUCCAACUCGACCAACGCCAUCAGCUACACCAACUUCGUCGUCGUGCUGACCAUCUACGCGGACAAGUAUCUGGGCUUCACCGAUGCUCAGGCUUCCUUGUUGCUCACCAUCAUCUCGGCCUUCGAUCUCAUCGGUCGCGUGGGUGGUGCCGCCUUGUCCGACACCAAGCUCAUGCCCAAGCACUUCUACUUCGUCGGCGGCCUCUUCGUCUCCGGCAUCUCCCUGGCCGUGCUACCGAUCGGCGUGAGCUUCUACGAGGUGGCCUUCUACUGCAGCGUGUUCGGCCUCGCCUCGGGCAUCUACGUGGGCGUCACGGCCGUCGUCAUGGCCGACAUGCUAGGCGUGGAGAAGCUCACCUCGUCCUACGGCAUAUCGCUCUUCGUCAACGGCGUCCUUCAACUCGUCGGCCCGCCGAUCUGCAGCAAGCUCGCCGAGGUCUUCGGCUGGGGCCCGAUCUUCACGGCCCUCGGCAUCGUGCUCGUGGUCGGGGCCGGCCUCUGGGGCUUCGUGCCCUUCAUCAGAGUGCGCCAGGAGCGCGCCAGACGCGCCCAGCUCGAGAUCGGCAGCAACAUCUAGCGCCGAUUGUCGUCCGACGACGCCUGCGUGACGUCCUCCGAGCGAACGUUGAAAAAAACCGAUGAUUUCGCGGCGAGCAGCAGCUGCUCCGACUCGCCGAUUUAUCACAUCAAUAUUGGCUCGUGAUCGUAGUGGAGAGAUGCGUGCGAUGAUGGACCGCGAGCCGACGCGCCGUCCAGUUAGGCGGCGACGCGUUCGUUUUUUUCCUCCGGAGUAGAGUUUUGUAAACGCAGGAGUCGUUUUCGGAGCGAGAGAAAGAAUUUUUCUACCGCAAAGUCUUGAAUGGGUUUCAAUAGUUGCGAUAAAAUUUAAGUGGCUUAUCCUUCUUGCGCAAGCUGUACUACGAGCUCGCGAAAUCAUGCGCUUGGUACAGCGAUGAUUUCCUUCGAGGCUCUCUUUUUCCAUAUUUUUUUACUCAUUUUAUUGUACGUACGAUAUAUACAUGUGAUAAAAGAUAUUUUGCAUGUUCACCAAGAUUCAAUCAAGUUGAUUGCUGUAUAGAUACACUCACACACUGUCCGCGCGCAGUAAAUAUUAUAAAGUAUAUAACUUCAAACAUAUCAUAACAGAAACAAAGGCACGAGCAACUAAAUAAAUAAGUAUGUUCGAAGGACCAAAAAACGUUGCUCGUACCUCGUAAUCUAACAUAAUGUAUUGUUCCGCAUCGUGAUUGUUGAUAAUGCUUGAAAAUGAAAGUCAAUUCAUUGUCAUGGAAGUGCAUCGGCAACAUUGACACAUUUUCUAAAGUGCCUGCGAGUAAAUAGAUUAUGUAACAAAAUCUAGUGCUUUAGAGAAACUUUGAUCGAGUCACUGGAUAUUUUAAUAAAUUUAGGAAAUAAUGAAAAAUAAUUACAUUAUAACUCUUUCUAUUUCUGUAAAGAAUUGAAAGUUCAUUUAUUUUGUUUCAUUUUUUAUUGAAUAAGAUAUAAUGCCCGUUCGAUACUGCCGACUACACUGACGGUUGCCAAGCGAAUGAGAAAUUUGCUAUUUCAUGUGAAUUUAAUAAUGCGCCAAAACGUCGAGAUAUCAUUGAAAGAUAUGAAUGUUGCGUGAAUUGUUUUAUUGUUUUCCCCCCAACGUGACCAUUGAAAAACAGACAAAAAGUUAAUUGAAUAUUCUGACGGAACGAAUAAUUUUCAAGCUGUUUCCUCUCCAAGUCUAACUAAAUCACAAUUGUAAGAUAACGAUUUAUAUAUAUUUUUAAUCUAACAACAAACAAGCACAGAAUAUUUUAUAUGAUCGUCUAGAUUUUAUUAUAAUGUAAAAGAAGUGAAAGGAAGAAUUGCGUAUAGUACUGAAGUAUUCAUACAUUAUUUUAUUUUCUUUAUUUUUUAAAUCUACAUUCAACGCGCGUGUGACGCCAUUGUUAUCGUUAUUAUGUUGACGUUACGAUAAUAUGUUAAAAGGAUAUUUUUUUAUCAGUCUAUCGGAAAUGUAUGCGUAAACUGGUUAUGCAUCACUUACAACAAUUUCAGUAUUUUCGGUAGUUUUAUUUUUAAUGCAGCCAUUGAGAGAAUUAAAUUUUAUAUUUUUAAUAUUAAUUUUUAAUUAUAUUAGU